UCUUCCACAUUAUUUAUUUACCCCAGCCCAGUACUGUUCCUUCCCCCUCCUUCCUCCACCCUCCUCCUCUCUGCCGUCUGUGCACCCCGAGCACCAGGCCUCCACGAGCGCCGAGGCGGAAGCGGAAGCGAUGGCGAUCGAUCAGUCCCUCAAGAAGAAGAGAGGGAGACCAGCAGGAGGAGGUUCCCCGUCUGUCAACAAUAGCGAGCGAGAUAAGAUGGUCAUGGAGAAGAAGAUGGCACUGGUGCACCGAAGGCUGGCCUUGCUCGACAGCGAGAGCGACAAGGAAACUGAUGUUGUGCCAACGGCCACAAUGAUUGUGCGGCCACGGAGGGCGGACAGUGAGCAAAAAAGGCUGUUUGAUGUUUCUCAAACACACAAUGCCCAGGAUACUGACACUGCUAAAAAGAAGAGAGGGAGGCUUGUCAACGCCAAGAGUGACAUGGAGCAGAAGUUGAAUAUGUCAACGCCGGGGCUUGCCUUGGUUGAGAGCGGCGGCAGUAACAGCAGCAAGAGUGACGUAGAUGAUGAUCUUGUGCCGAUGGUAGCUGCUGUUAAUUGCCAAAAGACAUGUACAAGUGUUCAGGGUAACUUUGGGUCUGCUAUGGAGAGAGCUGAGGAGUUACUUGUGGAGUUACCAGCCGAACAUCCUAGCUUUGUCAAGCAUAUGCUACAUUCACAUGUUGUUCAUGGUUUUUGGCUGGGUCUACCGUCUGACUUCUGCAACAAGCAUCUCCCAAAGAAGGACACUGCUGUUGUGCUAGAAGAUGAGGAUGGGCACAACUAUGAUGCAAAAUAUCUAGGUGCCAAGCAAGGACUUAGUGCUGGUUGGAGAGGUUUUGCGAUUAAUCAUGAUAUCAAGGUUGGAGAUGUUGUAGUCUUUCAACUUGUUAGUUCAGCAAAGUUUCAGGUCUACAUAUUAAGAGCGAACAACUUCACUACAACUGAUGGAGCACUUGGUCUCCUGUGUCUGGAAGCUGGCAAGGAGAAGAUACCGAAAGAAGAAAGUUCCAAUGAUGUCAAAUCUGAAGCUGGCAAGGAGAAGAUACCGAAAGAAGAAAGUUCCAAUGAUGUCAAAUCUGAAGCUGGCAAGGAGAAGAUACCGAAAGAAAGUUCCAUUGAUGUCAAAUCUGAAGCUGGCAAGGAGAAGAUACCGAAAGAAGAAAGUUCCAUUGAUGUCAAAUCUGAGGAGAAACCAAAGGUUGCUCAGAGCGAUAGCAGCAACCUAGCCAGUGAGUCAAUAACAGAUGGCAUCAAAUUUUCAGACACAGCCAUCGAUUUCGACGACGUGAAAGAUUUCAGCAGCUUCAGCAUCAUCGUAGACGGCCUGGCCAUCGACUGCGAGUUUCCUGACCAACAACGCGAGACGUACUACGAGCUGUGCUGUGCCCAGAAGUCGUUCCUUCACAAGGACCUGCUCAAAGGGCUAAACAUCACACUCGUGGUGGGGGCGAUCAUGGAGACUAUCGACAUCGCAGAGGGCAUCAGGGCCUGCAAGGCGCGCGUUCCUUCCCGCAAGGACUUUGUGGUCUGGAAGAAGAACUUGCAGGCCUUGAAGCUCCUGGGCAUGAAUGUGGACUUCCUGCUCAAACGCGUCGAUGGUCUCCUCAGCCUCCCUGCUCGACCCAGAGCCCCUGCUGAGGUAAAACUGGAGCGGGCACGCACCGUUGCGAAAAUCAAGGAGGUCGAGUCCAGGAUUUCGAGUGUGAAGGACACUCUGGAGGAGAUUGACGUGGAGAUGGAGGAGAUGGAGUCCAGCGCGAAGAUAGUGGAUGAGAUGAUGCAGCUGUUAGCGACCGCGCCAUGGUAGCAGUGUGCACGCGGCUUCGGUCGCUGCCGCAGACAAUAAAUAUUUUGGGCGACAUGGCCCAUUCAGUAUGCAGAGGAAGAUGAUGCGGUGGAUGGGGUCUAAGCUUUGCAGAAGAUUAGAACUGCGUUGUGGCGGCAGUAUUUGGUUUUAAGAGUGAACACUUCUUUUUUGUAUAAAAAUGCAAAUUGAGAGUAGUUAUUAUCUGUGUACCAUCUUGGUUACACUUCUUG